UGUAAUUUUUUAUUGCAAUACUUUCACUGUUGUUUGUCUCCCACAGGCUCAGAGAAACCAGACCUCAGAAUUUUUCUUGUUGGGAAAACUGGAGUUGGCAAGAGUGCAGUAGGAAAUACCAUGUUGGGAGAAAAACAGUUUGAGUCUAAGCGGUCUUUCUCUUCAGUCACAACAAAAUGUCAGAAGCAAACAACCAUGUUUGAUGGCCAAAAGUUGGCUAUAAUUGAUACUCCAGGUCUGUUUGACACCAUAAAAUCACAUAGAGAUGUGGCUGAGGAGAUUGCUAAAUGCAUCUCUUUUGCUGCUCCUGGUCCUCAUGUGUUCCUGGUUGUGAUCAAACUGGACAGAUUCACAGAAGAAGAAAAGGAAACAGUGAAAAUCAUUCAGGAAACAUUUGGAGAAGGAGCCGAAAAAUAUACUAUUGCCUUGUUCACAGGUGGAGACCAGCUGAAAGAUGAAGGAGAUACCAUAAACGAUUUAAUUUCUCAAAAUAAGGAUGUUCAUGACUUCAUCAGUCAGUGCCAAGGAAGAUAUCAUGUUUUUGACAACAAAGACAAGGAUCCAUCUCAGGUCCGUGAGCUGCUGAACAAGAUCAAUACAAUGGUUCAUAAAAAUGGAGGAAACGUCUACACCAAUGACAUGUUCAAAAAUGCUCAGCAUGCCAAAGAAAAAAAAAUUGAGCAAAUUCUCAGUGAAAGUCCAGAGAUGAAUACUGACCAAGCAGAAGAACAAGCAGAAAAUGAGAAUUCAUUCAUUGAAGAUGUUUUGGAGUGUGCUGCUGGUGGAGCAGGUGUUGCAGGAGGUGUUGCAGCUGCCCCUGUAGCUGCAGUAGCUGCUGUGGUGGCUGCAGCUGGAGCUCUGGUGGGAACUCCUGUGGGAUUUAUAGUGGGAGUAGGUAGGGCAACAGGAAAACGGGCAAAGAGGGCAUGCAUUACACAGUAGUAAUCUGUUUAUUAUCGUACAGUUGUACCAUUAGCUGGAGAUUAUUAAAGCUAAAACAUUGCAGACAGAUAAGAAAAUAAUAAGGGUGUGUAUUUUAAUGUCUGGUUUCCCACUUAAUGUAUUAUUUUUACCAGGUGAUUGUUUUCUGUUGAUUUUAGAAGCAUCUUGUCUCUGGUAUUCCUGAUUCUUCAUCAUUGAAUAUUAAUAAA